AUAGGCCCCUAUAUACCGCCUCCUCAUGCUGCUGCCAGGCUCGUAAUCUGUCAUGCGCCCCUGUACCGCCUCCUCAUGCUGCUGCCCAGGUCCAGAGUGUGUCAUGGGCCCCCGUACCGACUCCAAAUGCUGCUGCCAGGCCCGUAAUCUGUCAUGGGCCCCUGUACCGCCUCCCCAUGCUGCUGCCACGUCCAGAUUGUGUCAUGGGUCCCUGUACGGCCUCCCAUUGCUGCUGCCAGGCCCUGUAAUCUGCCAUGGGCCCCCGUACCGACUCCUCAUGCUGCUGCCAGGCCCGUAAUCUGCCAUGGGCCCCUGUACCGCCUCCUCAUGCUGCUGCCAGGUCCAGAGUGUGUCAUGGGUCCCUGUACGGCCUCCCAUUGCUGCUGUCUCUAUCGCCACACUCUGCCAUGUGCCACUUUCAGGUCUCCUCACACUGCUGGUGGUUUCCAUUUUUGUCAUAGGGUGCUG